AUGAACGCACCCCCUCCACCGCCUCCUCAUGGCGAGGCCCCAAAAUCCUCUGGGCUUCCGCCAGGAAAAUACGACAUUUUCAUAAUACCUCCACACGCCUCAGGCUCUGGAUUCUUAUAUCUACCGUCAAUGAAGCCAAAUACCAACAGCUUCGCCGCUGGCUUUGCGUCCGCACUCAUAUUGGUCGUCAUAGGCUCUGCGUUGGCACCGGCAGUCAAGGCUUGGUGGGAUAGCGUUAAAGGAUCUGGAGGCAUGGGGAUGAUUCUCCUUAUUCUAGCUGUUGGCGUGGGUGCCUGGGCAUUGGGGAGAACACAAACUGAAGGGGGCCCCGGACCAGGUGGUGGCCCAAGUGCAAGUGGGGAGUCACCGAAUGCAGAUGGAGGUCCACAAUCCAAUGCUCAUUCAAAUACGCAGAAUGGGUAUGCCGCUGGUGGUGCCCCUCCGCCACCUCCAAGAUCAGGUCCACAAGCGGGUGCUGGAAAUACUGGUGGGCAACGACCAACGGGUGGCUGGCAACGAGGGGGACCAACUCCCGGAGCCACCAAUGCCAACGGCCACACUCCAGGAGCAGAAGGUGCAGCUAAGGGUGCAUGGGAAAGAGCGAGAGAAGAUACCAAGCGCAAGGAGGAGGAAAGAAAGGCUCGGGAGGCAGCACAGAAACGAAAAGAAGAAUUGGAAAAGAAAUUACGAGAAGCACGAGAAAAGGAGGCACGCGAACGAGAUGCUCGGGAGCGGCGACAGAAAGAAGAGGAGGCGCGAGCCAAAGCAAAAAUUCAGGCCGAGGUAGAAAAGGAACUAGAAAAGGAACGGGAGAGGGAAAGGGAAAGGCAGCGGCUACGAGAAGAGGCUGAACGAGUCAAGCUCCAAGAAAAACUGGAGAGAGAGAAAGAGGAAGAGAAACAGAGACAACGGGAGAAAGAAAAGGCUGAAGAGCAGGAAAGAGAGAAGGCUAAAGACCUGCAGCGACAAAAGGAUUUGGAGAAAGCCAAGCUUUGGGAGAAGCGGAAAGAAGAAACCAAACGAUUGCAGGCUGAGAGAGAGAGGCUGAGAAAGGAAAAGGCGGAGAAGGAGAAGGUAGAAGGUGUAACUCCGAGGGGAAGCAGUUACGCAUUUUCUGCAGUGGGGGAGAAGACCAACCCUUGGCCCAAGGGAAGGCCGCCAUCCCCCACAGCAAAUCGCUCACAACCUCCCUCGCCAACGAAACGACCUCCACCGCCAACGGCAAAGACAUAUCGUGGAACCGAAGACGAUGCCUACUCAUUUCGACCUUAUGACAAACCCAAGAGACCCAUGCACGCGAAGGCGCCCUCAUCUGUCUACUCCGAAUCCUCAUACGCCGCCUCCCAAUCCACAUCACGAACGACUCCUCCUCCAUCCCAUCGAGGUCCAUACACGACCAAGGAUCCUAACAAAAUCGUCAUCAAAGCAGUGUACUCAUUUAACAACGCAUUUCAGAAAACUCCCACUUCCCAAUUGGUGUCCGGCGUCGGCACCGUUACUGACGGUUUGAUAUUAAGAAUCACAACAGAAGGUCUCUUCAUCGAUGACGACGUCCGUGACGUCCCACAACGAGAAUGGGACGUCAAAGCAUGGACAAUGAAACUCGUAGAGGUAUGGUGCCCCUCUUUCCGCCAGGGCCCCGCUGGCAAUUCUGCUUCUGCUCGCGUUGCUUCCAGUCCGUCACCUCAUAAGUAUAAUCCCGUCCGUCGAUUGUGGGGUAUGGACAGAGACAAAUCUGCCACCCCAGAAGAGACCGACGCGCUGCUCGUCGAAAUGCUCCAACUCUGCAGCAACAACUGUCGUUCUCGCUCUUCUUCUAUAUAUUCCGCUAGCUCUGUCGCAAGUUCUGUUGAUGAUCGCUCUUCCGUUUCUGAUUCCGCCUACGGCGGCUCUUCCAUUGGCUCGUCUCCUGCUGCUGAACAUAAGAACAAGAGAACUGACAAAAAUGGUGUCUUCUACCAGACGGGAGAACUGAAAGCCGCGAAACUCCACGUCCUGCGCGCGAGCAUCCGGGACCAGGAGGGCAAGAAAUACGUCUUCGUCAUUGACGACACGGAGAGUUGGAAAGUCGCUCUUGGAUUGCAGCGGCUGAGGAAGGGGUCGCAGGUUAGGGCGCUGGGUGUCAGUGGGAUGAGUACUGCUGAUGCGAGAGGGACGCUGGAUCACUUAGGUUGGGGAUGA